UGACAGUUGAUUUCACCUGCAGAUUAAUUCUUGAAUCUUACAAUUAUAAGCAACUACACGGCCCCUGCCUCUGUCCUACCCUGAACCCCACACAUCUCGUUCUUCUGUUGGGAACCGAAGACAUCCUUCAACUGCCGAACACGGUCCGUCCCGUCAUACCCAAAUCCCCCAUACAUGGCCGACGCAGAACCAUCCCUUAACAUCCCCUCCCUCCUCACGCUAGCCGUCUUCUCCUUCUUCGUAAUCCGAUGGUUCUUUGGGCGGAAUGGUGCUCUAUCAUCGAGCGAUGCUGCGCACCGUCGCGGUGGCGGAAGGCGAGUUGAUCCCGCCCAUGUAGAACAGCUUUCGCAAAUGUUCCCUCAAUUAGAUAGGAGGGAUAUCAUGUGGGACCUGCAGCAGAAUGGCGGUAGUAUGGCUGCAACGACCGAAAGGGUGUUGUCCGGUCGGGGUCUAGAUGCACCUCCACCGUCCUUCCAGCCCCCGCUACCGGCUCCCUCAGCGCCUGCUACGCAGGCCAAUUCAACCUCUCGACCCACACCUAAACAACAAGCACAAGACCUUAUAUCUCGAUAUAACCUCGCCGAUAAAAUUAAAUCGGAAUCGCUGCAGACGGUGACGAGCACGAGUUCUGGGACGAUAAUACAUCAAGAAAGCGCAUGGUCACAAAACCGAACUGAGAGACAGCGUCUUUUGCAGAAGAGGAGGGAUGAGAUGAUUCUUGCUGCGAGAAGAAGAUUGAUGGAGAAAGACAAAGUGCCAGACCAAUAAUACCUAGGACUCUUUUGUCGAACCUAACUGUUCGAACGGGACUCUCGUCGAACUGAACCGCAUACCCAGUCUUAUCCGUGGAGGUAAUGCUCUGGUUUGGCGUCUCCUAAUAGAUUUUUUGCCAAGGAGUACAGUGGUGAUGUAGAUGGUAAACGCUGGAGGCGUGACAUCAUCCGCCGCUACUAUCUAUUUCCGCGAGUAACAGGUCCUCAUUCCUUUUCCUCUCCUGUGGGAAAAGGACUGCCUCAAACCGUGCGUGUUUUUUUAUUUCCCGAUCACUUUGUAUAGUCCUAGCGGUGCAUAGAGGAUUCAAAAAUAUGUAUUAAUUGAGCCCUUUUUGGCCCUUGACAUAUUACCUCCGUUCGUAAGUUGAGACCGGUUGGACCUGAGACACCAACCUCUUUAUAAUUCCAUGUCAUCAUAAUCAUCAUUCGUUUCAUCGUACUGUGUAUUUGCAGCUUCUUCGGCUUCCCGUUCUCGCGCAGCUUCUUCUUUCGAAGCUCCGAUUUGCCUGGAACAAGAGAAAAACACAUUUCAAAAUUUAGCGUUAAUACUGGCAUAGCAUUUAAAAGAGAAAUAUAAUCGCUCUGAACGUUUUCCACAUUCAAGUUCUCCAAAUUGCAUGCAAUGGGCACAUACCUAAACGUCUCCGCCACACCAGACAUAAACCCCCUACUCUCACCAAUUUCCAUAGCGCCCACGCCAGUUAGUGGCAAUCCAUCCCCACCACCUACAGCAGUUGCGUCCAGCCCUUCGACUUGAAUCCUCAUUUUCGCUAGCCGUACCUCCCUCAAAUCUCUUAUUAACCGGCGUAUUUGGUCCGCUUCAACUAAGUCAUCGCUCGCGACGUCUAACAGCAUUGUCGCAAGCUCCAACCAGUGAUAUGGUAAAGAAGGGCUUGUCAUGGAGGAGGUAGUCGUCAUAUCGUCUGCGUUAUUCUGUAGUAGGAAUGGUGGAGUCGGGUAAUAUGGUUGCCCGUCUAGUGUAUAUUGAGGUGCCGGAGGGCCAUUACUUCGGUUCCCCGUUAUAUUAUCUCUGUCUUUGGGGUUGUUGGGUGUGAGAGGUGGGGGCGGGGAGAACGCGUCCCCGAGGGAGUCGCGGUCGGUCUCUACUUCGAGAAUGAGAGAGAGUGCUUCGGGAUUUAGCCAUAGGGGAGGGAGGAUGUUUGCGCGCCGUUGUCGCUUGAGGAGGAGAGCUAACCAGAGCGGGAGGUUCGUUCGUCGUGGUGGUAGAAGGGGGGGUACGAGUCCCUUUAGAUAGGUUGAAGCAAAAUUGUUA